AUGGUUGAGAAGCUCUACGUCACGUACAACGAUGUCCACAAGCUCUGCCAGGAGUCCGCCGUCAAGAUCCUCGAGACCUUCCAGCCCCAGCUUAUUAUCGCCAUCGGCGGCGGCGGCUACGUCCCUGCCCGUAUCCUACGUUCCUUCUUGAAGAAGCCCGGCAACCCCAACAUCCCUAUCCAGGCCAUCGGCCUCUCCCUCUACGAGAGCCUCCCCGAGACCUUUGGCGGCAACGCCACCCCUGGCGUCCCCGAGGUUCCCGGCACAAAGGUUACCCGCACCCAAUGGCUUGACCUCAACGCUAUCGGCGACAUGGAGAACCUCGUCGGCAAGCGCAUCCUGAUCGUCGACGAGGUCGACGACACCCGCACCACCCUCGAGUAUGCUGUCAAGGAGCUCGAGAAGGACGUCGAGGCCGCCAGCCAGCGCCUCGGCAAGGGCCAGAAGACUGAGUUUGGCAUCUUUGUCCUGCACAACAAGGACAAGCAGAAGAAGGGUACCCUGCCCGCGGAGAUGAUGAACUCGGGCCACUACCUCGCUGCCCGUACCGUCGGCGACGUCUGGAUCAACUACCCCUGGGAGGCCAUCGACAUUGACGAGCACGACCGCAACGCCGCCGAGCAGAGAAAGUAG